GGGCAAACAUCUAGAUCAGCUGCUAACGGAUCCUGUGGGGCUAUAAAUGCUGGAUCAAUGCUGUCAUCUGGUGGCCAGACUGGAUAAGUCAAGUGUCAGCUUGCAUUCUGAUCUAUUAAUAACUAGUGCUGAAGUUGUAUUUGAGCGACAAUCUUGUGACUGCACUCACAGAGAAAGGGCAUUUCAUGUGGACGUCUUCAUGUUAAAGUUUAACUUAAAAGGGAAACACAACUGAUUGCAGUUAUGAGAGCUUUUACUUGACCGCUGUGUGGACCCCUGUGAUUCACUGCAGUCCCAGUGAAGGGUGAGUAACUGUCGGCUGCCAUUUUUGUAAACACUACUGUCCAGAGUGUUGGAAGCAAGACUCUGUUGCUUUAUCGACUUUAAUGUAUGGAGUUCCAGCUCAGACCAAAAGGGAAAAUUGCAUAAAAGACAUUUCUCUUGUACUGACACUAAGGCGCCAUGUCAAAGGACACAUUUCCUUUCUCGUCUACCUCACUGCGUUCUCUGAGACUGGAGCAGGAGUAUCAGGAGUGGCAGGAUGCUCGACGAGCAUUGGCUCAGAGGAGAGCCCUCACCAGGGCCCCUCUGCCCCGAGCCCCCAGGCCUCCUCCCAGGCAGCAGCGGCUCCAGGAGGUCCGGGCACCCCCGCCCCAGGCCCGCUGCAGAGACACGGCCAUCCACAAUACCUUCAUGUUUGGAGACAUGAAAGGAGUGUAUGCGGUGCUGAAGGACCCAGCAAUGGUCAACGCUCUGAUGGAGACAGUGCAUGAGGAGAUGGUGUGGGCUCCAGAGAUGGGCAUGUGGACGCUGAGCUCCAAGGUAAAACAAACCUCAGCAUUACGUCUGGCUGCCAGCAGAGGACACAUAGGAUGUGUGGAGGAGCUGCUGUUUCGUGGAGCUGAGGUGAACGCUGACCCCGGAGGCAAGACCGCCCUCCAUGAUGCCUGCAUAGGCGGCCACGCUGCCUGUGUCAGGCUGCUGCUUUCUCAUGGAGCAGAUCCUGAACUGCUGGCUGCAGAUGGCAGCGCUCCUCUUCACUUCUGCACCUCUGCGCAGUCGUUCCAGUGUGCUGAGUUGCUGUUAGAGGGAGGUGCAGAGGUCAACGUGAGGAUGAGGGAGUCGAGGCUCACACCUCUGCACGUGGCGGCUCGGCGAGGCCUGGAGGAGCAUGUGGAGCUGUUUCUGAGCCAUAGGGCAGAUGUGUUGGCCACAAAUCAAGAGGGGGAGACCCCUCUGAACGCUGCAUGCUCCGGAGCUGAGAGGCCGUCUGAGUCCAGCCGCUACCUCCAUGCGAUUCAAAUGCUGCUAGAUGCAGGAGCUGACCCCAGAACUGCAGGCAGAAAGCAGCACACCCCUUUGCACAACGCCUGUGCAAACUGCUGCUCCAGGAUUGUCAACGUCCUCUUGCAGCACGGAGCAAAAGCCGAUGUCGUAAACUGUGCAGGAUACACACCAAUGGACUGUCUGUUGCAGGUGGUGGAAGAUUAUCCGGACCAGCAACCUGAAACAAUAGCACGAUCACUUCUGAACCACGGAGCCAAGCCUGUUUCACCAAAGAUGCUGAAACAGUGUGUCCUCUCUCCAGCCACUCUGGAGGUGAUGCUGAACUCGUAUACAUCUGUCCCUCCCUGUGAAUGGAUGGACUCUCUGUCCGCUGAGAUAUAUGAGGAGCAUCGGCCUUUCUUUAAGUUGGUGCGUGAGCGGAGCGUGCAGCCUCGCUCUCUGCAGCAUCUGUGUCGAUGUGCCUUACGCCUGCACCUCGGAGCCCAGUGUUACUCAGCAGUCAGUAAACUGGACAUUCCCAGCACGGUGAGGGAUUAUCUGCUGCUGUAUAACGACGGGAGGCUCAAGUGACUUCAUGUUGUACACAUGAUCCAACAGGAUGGUGCUGUUUCAUAAACAUUGUCUGAAAUUGACAAAUAAAAACCUGAUUCUGUUAUUUUAUUUUUUAAACUAACUUGGACAAUGUAUAACUUCAAAAAUUACAAUAUUUCCCUGUGGACUUUC